AUGCCAGGGACUUCUACACACUUAUUCAUCCAUGUGGGGGGCUGGUCCCUCCACAAACACAGAGCCUCCUGGCCCUCGACUCCUUCAACCAGACCCUCACCUCCUUCAACUAACCCCUCACCUCCUUCAACCAACCCCUCAGCUCCCCCAAACCCUCAGCCCCCUCUCCAAGACUCUUGGCUCCCUCCACCAAACCAACUUGACACUGGUGCUCAGUGCAGUCCCCCAGCUUACCUUCCCCCUUCACAUCACCCCCCUCCUCAUUUCACCAGUGCCAGGGGUAGUCCAGUUGAUGACCUGGAUGGUGACCUCUAUGAUGACCCUUACACUGAUGACAAUGGCCCUCUCUCUGCUCCCCACCACUGGUUGCUUGACCCAUUCUGUUGUCAUCAGCCCUCAUCCCACUCCCCCAAGCACAUGUGCCACUAUUAA